GAUGGACGGUACUCAUGUGGCUUUGAGAGUGCCUCGAAGCCUAGUCAAGCAAGUGAAGACUGCAUUGGAGGCUCAAAACCUCUUGAAUAAGAGCAAAAGGAUAACAACCGCCAUUAAUGGCGCCGAUGAAAAGAGUACAGAAACGUACAUGACUCUGUAUACAUCCAUUCCCUGUGUUCCUGACAACGAAGCAUCAACGUCUACCAUCCUCGGAGAUCUUGGUCUUCCCACUUCCAUCAGUCACAGCAUAUCGACAUCAACAUAUAUUGCCACAACGUCGGGAAACACCAGCAAAUCAUCAAACAAUCCUCUUACCAACGGCCUCAGGAACGGCUUGCAAAUCCUCCCCAUUGAGCUCCUCGAAUCGCUAGACCUCACAAUCGAAACCCUUCUCUCCUCGUUCCCAGACGCUUACUCUAUAUACAAGCCUCUCCUCCUCCUCCCACCAAACGCCUUCACCUCAAACCCUUGGAACACUCUAAUAUCCGCCCACCCAGUAACAUCUCAAGCCUUGCAGCCUGUAUGGAACUCACUCGUUACAUCAACAGGAACCACACACCUUGCUCUCAAUGCCGGAAUUCCCCUUCAGAAAUCUGCAUCACCGCCAGAAACCUCCACCAGCAUAUCGAACCCCCCGGGAUCCGACAACACAUUCCGCAGCCCUCUUAACCUAACACCAAUUUACCCUCCUUCCUUCACACCACCGCCACCAACCGUCAACCCCACGAGCCUAAAUUUCGACUCAGCGUUGUGGGUAUCACAUACGCAGAAUGGAAUUCAUCAGGUUUGGGCCCCCCUUUACACCAUGUUCAGUCGAGGCAAUGUCAAAGAAAAAGCGCGGAUCCUUUCGCUUCCUUCCGUAAAAUCGUCUGUCACCAAUAAUCUGACAGGCUGCACGGCGGUCGAUUUAUAUGCUGGGAUCGGAUAUUUCGCGUUUUCGUACCGCAAGGCAGGCGUACGAAAAGUGUUAGGUUGGGAGGUGAAUGCAUGGAGUGUAGAGGGGUUCCGACGGGGCGCAGCGAGGAAUGGCUGGCAUACGACAGUUGUUGCUGGAGAUGCACUUCCGGGGACGAGGGAAAAUUGGAGGACAUGGGGGAGAAAUUUCAAAGAUCAUGACGCCGUGAGGGGUCAGAAGGGUGAUGACGUGAAUGUGGAUUUCGUGGUGUUCCAGCAAUCGAAUGAGUUCGCGCUUGAUGCUGUCGCUGCUUUGCAACCGUCGAAAUUUGGGAAGGCAAAUAGCGAAGAGGAUGAAGCGGAUGUGAUACCGCCUGUUCGACAUGUCAAUUGUGGAUUUCUGCCUUCAUCAGAGUUGUCGUGGCGUACGGCAGUCAGGGUGUUGGAUAGAGAGCAUGGAGGAUGGAUUCACGCGCACGAAAACGUGGGGAUUGGCGAUAUCGAGAAGCGCAGCGAGGAAGUAGCGAUGGAGAUAAAUGGGCACGUCGAUGCUUGGGAGGCUGAGAGAGUAGGGGUCGAAAGGAGCGUGCGGUGUGAGCAUGUAGAGAAAGUGAAGACGUAUGCGCCUGGUGUGAUGCACGUGGUUUUUGAUGUUUGGGUCAGUGGCAUCUAG